AUGGAACAUCUUCUACUGGUUCGAGUUCGCGAACCUGUUCAUCGUAACAUGGCUGGAGCUGAUCAAGAUGGCGCAGACAGCUCGAGGCGGCUCCUUCCAAGAUGCUAUUGAGAUAUUCUGCAUGAUGCCCUGUGUUGGAUAUCUGCUGCUUGCAAUGGCGAAAUCCUACAAGAUAGUGUACCACCGUUCCGUCUACGAGAACCUGAUCGAGGAGUUGCGCAGCAUGUGGCCGCGGGGGGAGGUGUCGGAUGAGGAGCAUCAGAUCCUCAGCACGGCGCUCAGACACCUCAACUAUGUUAUACAAGGCUACUACUGGUGCAACAAUGCACUCCUGGUGAUAUUCCUGUCACCACCCUUCGUGGAGAUCAUCAAGAUAUCCCUAGGCCACAAAGUGCCUCUCAUCUUCCCUUUCUUCUACUGGUUUCCCUUCGACCCAUUCCAGCGAGGGUACUAUGAAGUCAUCCUAGCUGCACAGACGUGGCAUGGUUUGAUCACAAUCUGGUUCAUGCUGUGUGGAGACCUGCUGUUCUGCAUAUUCCUGAGCCACAUCACGACGCAGUUUGACCUCCUUGCUGUCAGGGUCCGAAGACUGGUGUACGUGCCCGUUGAUAAGCAACUCGUUGAUACUUAUCCUUUAGGGGAAUACUGCAAAGACUUUGCGGGCCGCAACAAAGAAAUGAUAAAUAUAUUUGACGAUAACGAUUGGGAAGUGAAACAUCAAAGAGAACUGUCUGAUAUCAUCGUACGACAUCGAGCUCUUAUCAGACUGUCCGGCGAUGUGGAAGACAUGUUCAGCUUCGCGUUGCUGGUGAACUUCUUCAACAGUUCCAUCAUCAUCUGCUUCUGUGGCUUCUGUUGUGUUAUAGUGGAGAAAUGGAACGAGUUUGUGUACAAGUCAUUCCUGACGACUGCUUUGUCGCAAACAUGGCUUCUGUGCUGGUAUGGACAAAGACUGCUGGAAUCGAGUGAAGGACUGUCAGAUGCUCUCUACGAAAGCGGCUGGUACAGAGCCUCCAAAAGUGUGAAGAGCUCCAUUCUCAUUAUGCUGCACAGGGCCCAAAAGGACGUGCAUGUGACUACGUAUGGAUUUUCAAUUAUUUCCCUAGCCAGUUAUACCACGAUUAUCAAGACUUCGUGGUCAUACUUCACCUUGCUACUGAAUAUUUAUAAAAAGUGAUGGUAUUUCACACUACUGCACAUAAUCAGCGUUAAAUAAAUACUAUACAACAAACUU